AUGCUUUCAAAUGCGGAUGACGUUGCUCCAUAUUUUAAAACGGAGCCAGGCCUGCCACAGAUCCACCUGGAAGGGAACCGCCUUGUUCUCACCUGCCUGGCCGAAGGGAGCUGGCCUUUGGAGUUCAAGUGGAUGCGCGAUGGCCGCGAGCUCACCACCUACAGCAGCGAAUAUAAGUAUAUUAUUCCAUCUUUGCAGAAGCUCGAUGCUGGGUUUUACCGCUGCGUGGUGCGAAACAGAAUGGGAGCACUCCUGCAAAGAAAAUCAGAAGUUCAAGUCGCAUACAUGGGAAGUUUCACGGAUACGGACCAGAGGAAAACAGUUCCUCAAGGACGUGCAGCAAUUCUAAACCUGCUGCCCAUCACCAGCUACCCCAGACCUCAAGUGACUUGGUUUAGAGAAGGGCACAAGAUUAUUCCAAGCAACAGAAUAGCCAUCACGUUGGAGAAUCAGCUGGUGAUCCUGGCCACGACAGCCAGUGACGCCGGGGCAUACUACGUGCAGGCCGUGAAUGAGAAGAAUGGAGAAAACAAGACAAGCCCAUUCAUUCAUUUGAGCAUAGCAAGAGAUAUUGGCACACCUGAAACCACGGCCCCCACCAUUGUGGUUCCCCCGGGCAACAGAAGUGUGGUGGCUGGAUCCAGUGAGACCACCUUGGAAUGUAUAGCCAGUGCCAGGCCUGUGGAGGACCUGAGUGUGACCUGGAAGAGGAAUGGAGUGAGAAUCACCAGUGGCCUCCAUAGCUUUGGAAGACGUCUCACCAUCAGCAACCCGACGUCCGCAGACACCGGACUGUAUGUCUGCGAGGCGGCGCUGCUGGGGAGCGCUUUUGAACCGGCCAGGGCGAAGGCCUUUCUUUUCAUCACAGAGCCACCAUAUUUUACUGCUGAGCCUGAGAGUCGGAUUUCAGCUGAAGUAGAAGAAACCGUGGACAUCAGAUGCCAAGCCAUGGGGGUCCCCCUUCCCACCCUCCAGUGGUACAAGGAUGCCAUCUCCAUCAGCAGGCUCCAGAAUCCUCGAUACAAAGUGCUCGCCAGCGGAGGCCUGCGCAUCCAGAAGCUGCGUCCAGAGGACUCCGGAAUCUUCCAGUGCUUCGCCAGCAAUGAAGGAGGGGAGAUCCAGACCCACACCUACCUGGAUGUAACCAAUAUUGCUCCAGUGUUCACCCAGCGGCCAACAGACACCACGGUUACCGAUGGGAUGACAGCCAUUCUAAGGUGUGAGGUGUCCGGGGCUCCCAAACCCGCCAUCACCUGGAAAAGAGAAAACCACAUUCUGGCCAGUGGCUCUGUCCGGAUUCCUAGGUUCAUGCUUCUUGAAUCGGGGGGUCUACAGAUCGCACCCGUCUUCAUCCAGGAUGCCGGCAACUACACCUGCUAUGCGGCCAACACGGAGGGCUCCCUGAACGCAUCGGCCACGCUCACCGUGUGGAAUCGGACAUCUAUCGUCCACCCUCCUGAGGACCACGUGGUGAUUAAGGGGACCACGGCUACGCUGCACUGUGGAGCCACGCACGACCCCCGGGUUUCCCUCCGCUACGUUUGGAAGAAGGACAACGUGGCCCUGACUCCAUCGAGCACAUCUAGGAUCGUGGUGGAGAAGGACGGGUCCCUUCUCAUCAGCCAGACGUGGUCGGGUGACAUCGGUGAUUACACCUGCGAGAUUGUUUCUGAAGGCGGGAACGAUUCUAGGAUGGCCCGGCUGGAAGUAAUUGAACUGCCUCAUUCACCUCAGAACCUCCUGGCCAGCCCUAAUUCUUCCCACAGCCACGCCGUGGUGCUCUCUUGGGUCCGGCCCUUUGACGGAAACAGUCCUAUUCUUUAUUACAUCGUGGAGCUGUCUGAAAACAACUCUCCGUGGAAAGUGCAUCUGUCAAAUGUUGGCCCCGAGAUGACAGGGGUCACCGUGAGCGGCCUGACUCCGGCUCGCACCUAUCAAUUCCGGUUGUGCGCAGUGAACGAAGUGGGCAGGGGCCAGUACAGCGCUGAAACAAGCAGGUUGAUGCUACCUGAAGAACCACCCAGUGCUCCCCCGAAAAAUAUAGUGGCCAGUGGGCGGACCAAUCAAUCCAUUAUGGUCCAGUGGCAGCCGCCCCCAGAAACAGAGCACAACGGGGUGUUGCGUGGUUACAUCCUCAGGUACCGCCUGGCUGGCCUUCCCGGAGAGUACCAGCAGCGGAACAUCACCAGCCCGGAGGUGAACUACUGCCUGGUGACAGACCUGAUCAUCUGGACACAGUAUGAGAUACAGGUGGCAGCGUACAACGGGGCCGGCCUGGGCGUCUUCAGCAGAGCCGUGACCGAAUACACCUUGCAGGGAGUGCCCACUGCGCCCCCGCAGAACGUGCAGACGGAAGCUGUGAACUCCACCACCAUUCAGUUCCUGUGGAACCCUCCACCUCAGCAGUUUAUCAACGGCAUCAACCAGGGAUACAAGCUUCUGGCAUGGCCGGCAGAUGCCCCCGAGGCUGUCACUGUGGUCACUAUUGCCCCAGAUUUCCACGGAGUCCACCACGGACACAUAACGAACCUGAAGAAGUUUACCGCCUACUUCACUUCCGUUCUGUGCUUCACCACCCCUGGGGACGGGCCUUCAAGCACACCUCAGCUUGUCUGGACUCAUGAAGACAAACCAGGAGCUGUGGGACAUCUGAGUUUCACGGAGAUUCUGGACACAUCUCUCAAGGUCAGCUGGCAGGAGCCCCUGGAGAAAAAUGGCAUCAUUACAGGCUACCAGAUCUCUUGGGAGGUGUACGGCAGGAACGACUCUCGUCUCACGCACACCCUGAACAGCACGACGCAUGAGUACAAGAUCCAAGGCCUCUCAUCUCUCACCACCUACACCAUCGAUGUGGCUGCUGUGACUGCCGUGGGUGCUGGCCUGGUGACUUCUUCCACCAUUUCCUCUGGAGUGCCCCCAGACCUUCCUGGUGCCCCAUCCAACCUGGUCAUUUCCAACAUCAGCCCUCGCUCCGCCACCCUUCAGUUCCGGCCAGGCUAUGAUGGGAAAACAUCCAUCUCCAGGUGGAUUGUCGAGGGGCAGGUGGGAGCUAUCGGCGACGAGGAGGAGUGGGUCACCCUCUAUGAAGAGGAGAAUGAGCCUGAUGCCCAGACGCUGGAGAUCCCAAACCUCACGCCCUACACUCACUACAGAUUUCGAAUGAAGCAAGUGAACAUUGUCGGGCCGAGCCCCUACAGUCAGUCUUCCCGGGUCAUCCAGACCCUGCAGGCCCCACCCGAUGUGGCUCCAACCAGCGUCACGGUCCGGACUGCCAGUGAGACCAGCCUGCGGCUUCGCUGGGUGCCCCUUCCAGAUUCUCAGUACAAUGGGAACCCUGAGUCCGUGGGCUACAGAAUUAAGUACUGGCGCUCAGACCUCCAGUCUUCAGCACUGGCCCAAGUCGUCAGUGACCGGCUGGAGAGGGAAUUCACCAUCGAGGAGCUGGAGGAAUGGAUGGAAUACGAGCUCCAGAUGCAGGCCUUCAACGCCGUCGGGGCCGGGCCGUGGAGCGAGGUGGUGCGGGGUCGGACGCGGGAGUCAGUUCCUUCAGCCGCCCCUGAGAACGUGUCAGCUGAGGCUGUCAGCUCGACACAGAUUUUACUGACAUGGGCUUCCGUGCCGGAACAGGACCAGAAUGGGCUCAUACUGGGCUACAAGAGAAACGUGCUUGCUGUGCUAUUUUCAAACGGCUCCCUGGUGAUGCUAUCCUUUAUGGCCUUCUAUGUCCCUGAUCUCAGGGAGCAGUUCCGAGAGGCUCCAGGCCCACCAGUGAGGCUUGUGUUCCCCGAAGUGAGACUCACCUCCGUGCGGAUUGUGUGGCAACCUCCGGAGGAGCCCAACGGCAUCAUCCUGGGGUACCAGAUUGCCUACCGCCUGGCCAGCAGCAGCCCCCACACCUUCACCACCGUGGAGGUCGGCGCCACAGUGAGGCAGUUCACAGCCACCGACCUGGCCCCGGAGUCCGCAUACAUCUUCAGGCUGUCCGCCAAGACGAGGCAGGGCUGGGGGGAGCCACUGGAGGCCACAGUCAUCACCACUGAGAAGAGAGAGCGGCCGGCACCCCCCAGAGACCUCCUGGUACCCCAGGCAGAAGUGACCGCACGCAGCCUCCGGCUCCAGUGGGUCCCGGGCAGCGAUGGGGCCUCCCCUAUCCGGUACUUCACCGUGCAGGUGCGAGAGCUGCCCCGGGGCGAGUGGCAGACCUACUCCUCAUCCAUCAGCCACGAGGCCACAGCCUGCAUCGUUGACAGACUGAGGCCCUUCACCUCCUACAAGCUGCGCCUGAAAGCUACCAAUGACAUUGGAGACAGCGACUUCAGUUCGGAGACAGAGGCGGUGACCACGCUGCAGGAUGUUCCAGGAGAGCCCCCGGGAUCUGUCUCAGCAACGCCACACACCACGUCCUCUGUCCUGAUACAGUGGCAGCCUCCAAGGGACGAAAGCCUGAACGGCCUUCUUCAGGGAUACAGGAUCUACUACCGGGAGCUGGAGUAUGAAGCUGGGUCAGGCACCGAGGCCAAGACGCUCAAAAGCCCUAUAGCUUUACGUGCUGAGCUCACAGCCCAAAGCAGCUUCAAGAUGGUGAACAGCAGCUCCACAUCGACCAUGUGUGAACUAACACAUUUAAAGAAGUACCGGCGCUAUGAAGUAAUAAUGACUGCCUAUAACAUCAUUGGUGAGAGCCCAGCCAGCGCACCCGUGGAGGUCUUUGUCGGCGAGGCUGCCCCGGCCAUGGCCCCGCAGAACGUGCAGGUGACCCCGCUCACGGCCAGCCAGCUGGAGGUCACAUGGGACCCACCGCCCCCGGAGAGCCAGAAUGGGAACAUCCAAGGCUACAAGAUUUACUACUGGGAGGCAGACAGCCAGAACGACACGGAGAAAAUGAAGGUCCUGUUCCUCCCCGAGCCCGUGGUGAGGCUGAAGAACCUGACCAGCCAUACCGAGUACCUGGUCAGCAUAUCAGCCUUCAACGCCGCUGGAGAUGGGCCCAGGAGUGACCCCCGGCAGGGGCGCACCCACCAGGCGGCCCCUGGGGCCCCCAGCUUUCUGGCGUUCUCAGAAAUAACCUCCACCACGCUCAACGUCUCCUGGGGCGAGCCUGCGUCGGCCAAUGGCAUCCUACAGGGCUAUCGGGUGGUGUACGAGCCCUUGGCCCCUGUGCAAGGGGUGAGCAAGGUGGUGACUGUGGAAGUGAGAGGGAACUGGCAGCGCUGGCUGAAGGUGCGGGACCUCACCAAGGGGGUGACCUAUUUCUUCCGUGUCCAAGCGCGGACCAUCACCUACGGGCCUGAGCUCCAAGCCAACGUCACAGCCGGGCCAGCCGAGGGGUCCCCAGGCUCGCCUAGAGAUGUCCUGGUCACCAAGUCCGCCUCUGAACUGACGCUGCAGUGGACUGAGGGACACUCCGGCGACACACCCACCACAGGCUACGUCAUCGAGGCCCGGCCCUCAGAUGAAGGCUUAUGGGACAUGUUUGUGAAGGACAUCCCACGGAGUGCCACAUCCUACACCCUCAGCCUGGAUAAGCUCCGGCAAGGCGUGACUUAUGAGUUCCGGGUGGUGGCUGUGAACGAGGUGGGCUACGGGGAGCCCAGCAGCCCCUCCACGGCCGUGUCAGCUCAAGUGGAAGCCCCGUUCUACGAGGAGUGGUGGUUUCUCCUGGUGAUGGCUCUGUCCAGCCUGAUCGUCAUCCUGCUGGUGGUGUUUGCCCUCGUCCUGCACGGGCAGAAUAAGAAGUACAAGAACUGCAGCACAGGAAAGGGAAUCUCCACCAUGGAGGAGUCUGUGACCCGGGACAAUGGAGGAUUUGCUGCCCUGGAGCUCAGCAGCCGCCACCUCAAUGUCAAGAGCACCUUCUCCAAGAAGAACGGGACCAGGUCCCCACCCCGGCCGAGCCCCGGCGGUCUGCACUACUCAGACGAGGACAUCUGCAACAAGUACAACGGCGCCGUGCUGACCGAGAGGGUGAGCCUCAAGGAGAAGUCGGCGGACGCGUCAGAAUCCGAGGCCACCGACUCCGACUAUGAGGACGCGCUGCCCAAGCACUCGUUCGUGAACCACUACAUGAGCGACCCCACCUACUACAACUCGUGGAAGCGCCGGGCCCAGGGCCGUGCACCUGCGCCGCACAGGUACGAGGCGGUGGCGGGCGCCGAGGCGGGCGCGCAGCUGCACCCGGUCAUCACCACGCAGAGCGCGGGCGGCGUCUACACCCCCGCCGGCCCCGGCGCGCGGACUCCGCUCACCGGCUUCUCCUCCUUCGUGUGAGCAAAGCGCCGCACCUCCCUCAGGGCGGAACGGAGGCGAACUUUCCGGAGUCUAUUUUUGUUAAGACAAUCAACUCCAGUAACUGAGCUGAAGUUUUUGUUUAAAAA